CGGGGAAGGAAUCCAGCAGUGGAAUUUGGAGCUCAGGGAGCUUGGGUGCCUAAAAUGUGGGGUCAGAGCAGAAGCUUCGUGCUCGCUCGGCCUCUUCCGACCUCCCAUUGGCCUCGAACUAUAAAAGCAACCAGCGCCGAAACACCACGGCGAGCGAUAGUCGAUGCACAGGCACGCACAGGCACGCACGCACACGAAGCUGUAAACACAACACUGUAAUCUGCACCGCCAAUUGAGCAGAUCUAGUCCCAGUCCCGAGCCAUGUCGCGGCUUGCGGGCAAGGCGCCCAGGAGCUUGGGCCUGCGCCGAGGCUUAACAUCGCCGUGUCCAUGUGUUGCCCUCCGCAGCCCGAGUAGCGCGGCACCCAGAGCAGCAGCAGCAGCAGCAGCAGCGCGCCACCUGUCGACCGGCAAGGAGCCCCCGAGGAGCAGCGGCGCUUCGUUCCAGGGCCAGAUGGUGCAGAGCAUCGGGCAGCGCCUGGAGCGCGAGAAGGCUGACCGCGCCCGCCUCGUCAGGAUGCAGGAGCAGAAGGGCAAGGGCCGGAACCUGGCCAUGACAUUCUCCAUCCUCUUUGUCGGCACCAUCUGUUACGUCCUCGGCACCAUGACACCGCGCGACGCCGACCCGGCAUCGACGCUGCCGCUCGCCGCGACGCGCGCGCCGACGCACAAGACGGGCAAGGCCGAGCUUCAGGCGGCGUGGGCCGACUUUGUCGACAUCGUGGGCAAGGAGAACGUCAGCACGACCGAGUCGGACGUGCUGGUGCACUCGACGUCCGAGUGGUCGUCGCACACGAGCGCGCCGGACGACAACAAGCCCUUCUGCGUCGUGUACCCCGGGUCGACGGCUGAGGUAGCGGCCGUCAUGAAGGUGUGCCACGCGCGGCGCAUCCCCGUGGUGGGCUACAGCGGCGGCACGUCGCUCGAGGGCCAGUUCGCGCCGACGCGCGGCGGCAUCUCGCUCGACUUUGGCCGCAUGAACAAGAUCCUGCAGCUGCACAAGGACGACCUCGACGUGGUGGUGCAGCCGGCCGUCGGCUGGGAAGAGCUCAACGAGGAGCUGGCCACCCACAACCUCUUCUUCCCACCCGACCCGGGCCCGGGCGCCAUGAUCGGCGGGAUGAUUGGCACCGGGUGUAGCGGCACCAACGCCUACCGCUACGGCACCAUGCGCGAGUGGGUGCUGUCGCUGACCGUGGUGCUCGCCGACGGCACCGUCAUCAAGACGCGCCAGCGCCCGCGCAAGAGCAGCGCCGGCUACGACCUGACCAAGCUCUUCAUCGGCUCCGAGGGCACCCUAGGCCUCGUCACCGAGGCCACGCUCAAGCUGACGGUCAAGCCCGCCUCCACGUCGGUCGCCGUUGCCAGCUUCGCAUCCAUCCGCGACGCCGCCGAGUGCGUCGCGCGCGUCGUCAAGAACGGCGUGCCCGUGGCCGCCGUCGAGCUGCUCGACGACCAGCAGAUGCGCUUCAUCAACCAGGCCGGCACCACGUCGCGCCGGUGGGCCGAGGCCCCGACCAUCUUCUUCAAGUUCGGCGGCACCGAGCGCGGCGUGCAGGAGCAGGUUGCCAUCGUGCGCGACGUCGCAAAGGCCAUGGGCAACAAGACGUUCGACUUUGCCCGCAGCGAGCAGGAGCGCGACGAGCUGUGGAGUGCCCGUAAGGAGUGCCUCUGGAGCGCCAUAGCCGCCCGCCGCCCCGGCGACCACGUCUGGACCACCGACGUGGCCGUGCCCAUGAGCCGCCUGCCCGACAUCAUCGAGGAGGCGAAGCGCGACCUCAAGCAGUCGGGCCUGACGGGGUCCAUUGUGGGGCACGUCGGCGACGGCAACUUCCACAUGAUUGUGCUGUACAACGAUUCCGAGCGGAAGCUGGCCGAGGACGUGGUCCACCGCAUGAUCAAGCAGGCGGUGGCCAUGGAGGGCACGGUUACGGGCGAACACGGCGUCGGUCUCGUCAAGAGAGACUACCUGCCCCACGAGCUGGGCGUGACGACGGUGGAUGCCAUGAGGAGGAUUAAGGCCGCCUUCGACCCCCUGUGCCUGCUCAACUGCGACAAGGUGAUCCGCAUACAGAAGCCCAAGGCCGGUGAGGUGGCCGAGUGGUGAAGGACGCUGUCUUUCUUGUGUAUAAAAGAAAUUUACAACUAUCAAAAAUAAGAAGGGUUGUAUUAAAAGUGAAAG